AUGGCGACCGCCUUUUGCGGUCUGCAUUCGAACGGCAGUAACAGUAAACCGGCGAGGACCCACCGCGACCAACGGAGAAGAGCCAAAGACUCCCGGCGUAGACAGGCAGCUCUGCUGUUCCUCAGCAAUAUCUCACUCGACGGGCGACCCCAGCCUCAGCCGAGCGUUGAAAAUGCCGACCAAAACGCCGCCGACGAGCCCGGUCUUAGGGAGAGAAACGAAGAAGCGGCGGAGGAGCUCGUGCCCGCCGACAGCCACGGACCUGCCGUCCAGGUGACAGAGCCCUCCGCGGCCGGCCCGUCGCUCAGUUUCCCCGGAGUGCUCAGCCCUGUCCGACCCUCGUUGGCGGUGUCUCCCGGACCGUCCACCGCAAAUUCUGUCGGACCCAAUGAUGUAUUUUUAGAGGGCGGCGGUGCGGUGGACACACCGACCCCGGACACCCCGCUGUCCCCCGCCCCCGCCGUCCACCACCAGCCCUGCGCGCGGGCCAAGUCGACCCCCGCCGCCCUCAGCCCGGUCCCGGCCACCACUUCUCUGGAUUCACGGCAGAGGUUGAGGAACGUUUCUGGCUCUCCAGGCCCCAAGCUGCCAAAGAAGGUCCACUUCAUCAAAAGUAUGAGACAGUAUGAUACCAGAGGAUGUAGCGAUCCUAAGCUGGACGCUCAGAGACAGAGGCUCUCCUCUGUGGUGGCGGCCGACCUGCUGCCCUCCCUGGAAGGCGUGGAGGUGGGCGCCUCCGGGAAGACGGUGUCCUACGCCCAGUUCCUCUACCCCACCAACGCCCUGGUCAGACAGAAGAGCAGCAGCGGCCCGGACAGCUGCCCGGCUCCGGCCCCUCAGUCCCGUUUCCGCAGCAACGGGCAGAGGAACUUCACCCCCGCUCGCCCGGGCAACAGCGCGGCGCAGGACCAGCACGCAGAGGAGGCGGUGGCCGAGUACGACCCCAACCUGCUCAGUGACCCGCAGUGGCCCUGUGGGAGGCACAAGAGGGUGCUCAUAUUUGCAUCAUAUGUGACGACCGUUAUUGAAUAUGUGAAACCGUCUGACCUGAAGAAGGACAUGAACGGGACUUUCAAGGAGAAGUUCCCCCACAUCAAGCUGACUCUGAGCAAGAUAAGAAGCCUGAAGAGGGAGAUGAGAGCGGUCAGCGAGGAGUGCAGCCUGCAGCCGGUCACCAUAGCGAUGGCUUUUGUUUACUUUGAGAAGCUGGUGCUGCAGGGCCACCUCAACAAGCAGAACCGGAAGCUGGUGGCAGCCGCCUGCGUGCUGCUGGCCGCCAAGAUCAGCAGCGACCUGCGCAAGCCAGAGGUCAAGCAGCUCAUCGACAAGCUGGAGGAGCGUUUCCGUAUCAACAGGCGGGAGCUGAUUCCUCUGGAAUUCUCUGUGCUGGUUGCCUUGGAGAUGGGGCUGUACCUCCCCGAGAGCAAGGUCAUGCCACACUACCGCAGGCUGGUGCAGCAGGGCUAG